CGCUGUGUGUUGCGGUGUGGGCUGUGCGUCUCUACCUACAGUGAAGUCUGUCUGAACAUGAGUGGAUUCUUCCACUUCAUCUCCCUCUCUCUCUCCCUGCUACACGCUCCCCGGCCAAGGGAAACCAUACGCACAGAAUCAGUCCGGUGAGGGGAAAACUAGUCGCCGCGCCCGGAAAUCCGACAUGGAGGCAAGCAUGGAGGAAACGCUUCUCUCGAGGAGGCCGGAGCCCAAGGAGGAGCAGAGCUCGGCGGUGAGCGAGGAGUUGAAGAGGCAGCUGUGGCUGGCCGGGCCGCUCAUCUUCGGCUUCCUGAUGCGGAACUUGAUCCAGAUGAUCUCCCUCAUGUUCCUAGGCCACCUCGGCGAACUGCAGCUCGCUGGCGCCACCAUGGCCACCUCCUUCGCCGGAUUCACCGGAUUCAGCCUCCUGAAUGGUUUGGCAAGUGGUCUGGAGACCUUGUGCGGCCAAGCAUUUGGAGCGAGGCAAUACCACCUCGUGUGCGUACACAAGCAACGGGGAAUGCUUAUACUUACCCUGCUCAGCGUCCCGCUAGCCGUGGUGUGGUUCUACGCCGGCAGCAUCCUCCUCCUGUUCGGCCUCAAGGACGAGGACAUCGCCAUGGAGGCUGGCACCUAUGCCCGGUGGAUGAUCCCGGCGCUCUUCGCCUACGGCCUGCUGCAGUGCCAAGUCCGGUAUCUGCAGAUGCAGAACAUCGUGUUCCCGGUGAUGCUGAGCGCUGCCGCGACGGUGCUCUUCCACCUAGCCGUCUGCUGGGUGCUGGUGCAUGGCCUCGGGCUGGGUAGCAAGGGUGUCGCCAUCGGCAUCGCCAUUUCCUACUGGAUCAACGUGCUCAUACUCGCCGUGUACGUGAGGGUGUCGAGCACUUGCAAGAACACGUGGACGGGGUUCUCCAUUGAAGCCUUCCAUGACCCUCUCGUCUUCUUCAGGGUUGCCGUGCCCUCUGCUCUGAUGGUCUGCUCGGAGUGGUGGUUGUUCGAGACCAUCAUACUGCUUUCAGGCCUUCUUCCUAAUGCAAGGCUGGAAACAUCCGUCCUGUCAAUCACACUCAGCACGGCGGACUGCCUUUACAUGAUACCCUCCGGCCUCGGAGCCGCCAUAAGCACCCGCGUCUCAAAUGAGCUGGGCACGGCCCGACCACGGGCUGCCCGCCUCGCCGUGCGUGUCGCUAUGUUCUUUGCCAUCUCGGAAGGAUUGGUCAUGGCGAUGAUCCUGAUCUCUGUGCGCCACGUCUGGGGCCAUGUUUACAGCGACCAGGAGGAGGUGGUCACGUACGUGGCCAAAAUGGUGCUGCUGAUUGCAGUGUCCAGCCUCCUUGAUGGAAUCCAGUCCAUUCUCUCAGGUGUGGCUAGAGGAUGUGGAUGGCAGAAGAUCGGCGCAUGUAUCAACCUCGGCGCAUUCUACAUCGUCGGCAUCCCUGCAGCCUACCUCUUUGCCUUCGUGCUGCACAUCGGCGGGAUGGGUCUUUGGAUGGGAAUCAUAUGCGGCAUUCUGGUACAGGACUUGCUGCUCCUAGCUAUCACACUAUGCACCGACUGGGAGAAGGAGGCAACAAAGGUGAAGGACCGAGUCCUCUGUUCUGCCCUGCCAACAGAUCUCACGACAUAAAGAUAUACUGUAUACGCGUGAAAUACCCAGGACCUUCAAAAGAAUGACGGUCGGGGUGUGAAUCAAGCCACUUAACGAGCAUUGGUAAUUGCUGAUUUGGUGUUGAAUACCACUUGGAUGCUGAGUACGGUGGAAUUCACGUGGCAUCAAGAAAAUAAUGCGGAGCAGGUCGAGAUCUAUUUUUGGAAAUAGCUAUUUUAUUAAUACUUCAAGGUGAGACAAAUAAGUAAACCAUGACCUAGAAGAGCAGAAGCCGAACACAAAGAUAUCACACAUAUGGCCACUUCUUUUUAGCUUCAGCUUAUGAAGAAGGUCACUUGCACUGGAAAACUGGAGAUAAUCUCCUCGAAGCUAUUUUUCUUAUCCUUUUUUAGAUUUUGAAUUUAGGCUUAUUUGCUGUAUUGAGUAGUGAAAAUAUGUAAUGACCCUGAAUUUAAUAUGUGCCCUGGAUAAGUGACAAUAUCAUUAUGUAUGAUAGAUUAGUAGAAGAAAGGGCUCAUUAUGUAUGGCAAUUUAUUAGAAGAAGAUGAGCUCAUUAGUUA